CCACGGUCGAGUGCGGAUCGCGCGCGUGUGCGCGCGCGCGAGAUUUAACGUCGCGUUUUCCGUCAGUGGGCGUCAUCGCGUCCACGUCGUCGUCGUCGAGGACGCGGCUCAUCUCGUAGCCGGUGUUUCCGGCGCAUCUCCGUUUAAUUCCUUCGUCGACGUGAAAUUUUGACAGUUCCGCGAUAAUAACGAUAUAUAUAUAUAUAUAUAUAUACUACGCGUAAUCUUCGAUCGUCUCGCUCUCGAUUUAUAUCUCGUAUCUCGAUUCUGCGAUGCGUAGAUAAGACGCGGACGCGGGAAAAAACGGAUGCGCGUGUGGACGACGUGCGUGCUGGUGCCGGCUACAGCGACGCGGGAUGAGCGCCAGAGAAGUCACCCUCUUCGGCGGAUCCCCCUGGGGCUUCCGCAUGCACGGCGGAUGCGAUACACAUCAACCCCUGCGCAUCUCCAGGGUAAAUCCGGGAAGCAAGGCAUCUCAGCAGGGAGUGAGAGAGGGUGAUCUGAUUAGUAACAUUAAUGGAAGGAGCACUCGAGAUCUGACCAACAGCGAGGCGCACGCUUUGCUACGUAAUUCCGGGGAGCAGUUAAAGCUCGGUCUCAAUCAGGAAAAUAUCGGCUCGCCAAAGAGGAGGAUCUACAAGAGCAGUUUGCAGGAGAAUACCACGACCGAGAUUCAGAACAAAAUCACCACAAGGACCACAACGACAACGCGCACACGGUCGGAAGCGGAAAAGAACGUUGCCAAUGACACAAAAGUCGAGCAGAACUACGCCAAUCAGAACGGUGCUCUGAAGAGCUGCCCGAGCGAACAACAACGAAGCGACGUUAAGAAAGGAUAUCGCGAUCAUCCCUCGGAUUACGCGACCGACGCGGAGGACAGCGUCUUCGGGAUGCCUCAGGGUGGCAGGAACCGCAACCGCGGCCGCAGGAACCGGAACCGGCGCAACCGACCGGGCCCUCAGCGUCUUCCGGCGAACGCCGCGGAAUCGUCGCGGAAAGCCGAGGAACCGGUGACCUUGAAGAACGAGCGCGGCGGCGAGGACGACGACGACGACACCGUCGACUCGAAGAGGACGGAGAAUUCCGUUUCGGAGAAUGUCGACUCUAUCGAAGGCGGCGGAUCAUCGAAUCCCCGAUAUCGAAUCCAGCCGGACGAGAAAUGCAGGAUCGAGAAGGUUGAACUGAAGGAGUCUCCCUUCGGAACGAUCGAGAUUACGACCGUCAGCAGUCUCCCUCUGGAGGCGACGAUCGGCCAUAUCGCUGGGGUGGGUAUCCUGGAGACCGGAAGUGGCGACCGGACGACGACGGUGACGAUAUCGGAGCCGGUGGAAUCGAUACGAUUUCCCGGAGGCUACGGGAGGUCGGAAUUUUCGCGAGCGAAUGGAAGCCGAUUGGAGAUUCGAGAGGUCAACGACAGCGAUACGGAGGUCAACUUUAGGAAUUCGGAGGAAUCCAAGUUCCUGAACGAGCGAGUCGGGCAGCAGCAGCACUUCGUGAAGAGGAUCUCGAAACCGGAAACGGAAUCCCCGACCUCGAUGUGCGCCUCAGUGAUGCCCAAGGACGUGGAGAGGAAGCUGCGGACCUUCAUCGAGGGCCUGCAACUGCCGAGCUUCUCCGAGGAAGCGGCGGAGGACGAAGGGCGAUCUCUCUCGAGAGACGUGUCGCGUGACGUUUUGCUCGAGGAGAGCAAAUGCGUGGAAAAAUCGAGUGUGUCGUCGCGCCGGAAGUUGAGGAAGCGCUCGGUGUCGGCGGCGUCGCAGUACGCCCGCAGCUUCCUGGACAUCAUCCAGGAGGAAGGCGAGAGGCUGUCGGAGGACGAGGCGCAGCACAUCAGGGAUUUCAUAAACGAGGAGAUCAGCAAGUAUCGGCGCGAGGAUAGACACUCCGCCGAGAAGGCGGUGGAAGAUCCCGAAAGGAUCCAGAGAGCUUCCGAGGAACUGGAAUGUGACGUUAAGAUUAAGAUCGAGACUACGGAAGAAGAUGACGUCGAGGUCGAGAAAAAUAUCGAGUCGAGUUUGGCGGGAACGCGAGUGACAAGAGAGAGCAAAUCCAUUGAUGAAGCAACGAACGAGAAAGAUGACACGUUAAUGGUCGAGAAAAUCGAGAUGGAAGAAGACGCUGGAAACGUUGCGAAUGAUAAAGAGGAGGACGUUGAUGAGGAAUUAUUGUCGGAAGACGAGACGCUUGCCAGAGAAUCGCCGGAGGAACGCGAUUUCGUCGAAACGGUGAUCAACUAUCCCCCCGACGUGUCGAGAACGGAGAACGAGGCUGAUUCAUCCUCGAGUCCGUCGCAAACGAAACGAUCUCCGCCUCUGCCACCUAGAAGAUCGUCCAGUUUCGGCCACGAGCCUCAGAGACCACCGGCGCCACCUGAAAUAGACUAUAUCUCGAGCUGCGCUGACAUUCAUGAUCAGCCACUCGGGUCGCCGCGACGUCCAGAACUUCCGGAAACUCGCGAAAGGUCUUCCGCGUUGAGGAAAAUUUCCGGGAACUCUUCAGCAUCUUCUUCAGGUUCCUCUUCAGGAAGUUCGACUGUCGUCGAGAGGUCCCUGAAUCAGCCGGACAUUGUUUCGAAGAGGGAGGUCGAGAAAAGUAGCGGCCGAUCGAUCGCGUCAUCGGGUAUUCGCGACGAUGAUCCGUCAAGCUCGCGCGACGUCGGAACGCUCGGCGUCGCGUUGGCAGGCGCGACGGGGACGGAAAUAACGCGUCGCGGGGAAGGAGAGGCCUCGGCGACGCUUGUUGCAGCGGCGACACACGAUCGAAGCGCACCGCCGAGCCGGCAGGAGGGUGACGCGGAGGUGCAUAGGAGUCUUCCUCCGCGCCGGGACGAAGAUUCGCGGAAGAAGGGAUCUUCCACGACCUACGGAUCGCCGAAGGACGCUAAACCGGAUUCCUCGGCUAUGGGGAAUUCGAGCGCGAAGAGCAAAACCGAGCGAGAGGAGAGGAGGCAGAGGUCAAGCGUUUUUCAGCGAAUCACGAAGAGCGAGAAGAAGUCGGAGACCUCGAGGAUAAUCGAACGACACGAGAGGAGCUCGAGCGCUAACCAGCGCGAUUUCAAGUAUUCGACGUGGGAGGAGGAGAGGCACGAAGAGAAGCACGAAGAGGAGGAGGAGACGCGCAGCUCGGCGUCUCGGCUUAGCAACGUUAGGAAUUUAUCGUUCGACGACGACGAGGCGAGCGAAAAUCCCUCGCCCGAGGGAUUCGACGUUCAAGGACACGACUCUUCCAGUAGCACCGCGUCCUUGAACACCGUGAAGCAUCGCUCGUUGACCGACCUCGUUCGCGAAACGACGGAGAAUAACUCGGAAGACUCCUCUUUGAAGCGAAAGCUGACGUUGCUGAAGAGCGCUAAUGAAACGUCGGCGGAAUCGCUGAACGAGGAAGUCUCUCGGGACGUUGACGAAGAAGAAGAAGUCUCGAAGCGACCGUCGUCCCUUCGGGAGCUCUGCGUGAGGAGAAUCUUAUCGAUGCCCUUCGGCUCGCAGAUGAUCGACGAGAUCACCGCGCCCAGGCUGAACAUCUUCGAGAGUCUACGGACUCUGCAGAGGUUUGUGAACGACGUGCCGAAAGCGUUGCAUGGAGUGAGUGAUGCUCGACGACGCGAACUAACGAAAACCCAGGACGGGAGCGAGCCGCCGCCUCGGCCUAACGACACUGUAAACGUUGUUUCAGACCGGGCUAGGGUUAAUAUUGAGUUGUCAGAGUCCGCGGACGGCGGGAUGGAGGAACGAUGGCGGGCACUGUCCACCACCCAGGAUCCCAGACUCCUGGUGUGCCUGUCGCCGUCGCAGCAGGCCUCGAGGGUGCGCGCCAGCGCGGACACCUUGUUGGAUCUUCACCGCAAGUUCCUGAAUCGCUACAGCUAUCGAGAGGAUCAACCCCGAUGCGUGUCCGUGCCGCGAUAUCGAGUGCAGAUUCGGAAAGACGACGACACGACGACCUUGAAAGCCCCGUCUGCUCGAGAUACCACGACGGAGAGCUCGAGCUGUAGGCUCUUGGAGAUCAUCAAAGAGGAACGAAACGGAGAAACGAAAACGACGACCGGGAACGACGCUUUGGGUUCUUCGGCAGGUCGGGGAAGUCUCAAGGUCACCGAUAACCGAAGCGCCAACGAGCCAUUCCCGGCGGCGACGAGGAGGGGCGAGGACGGCGACGAUAAGAGCGGUCACGUGACCGAUCAUCAGCUUAGGAUUACGACAUCGCGAUUUAGCAUCGGAACGAACGGCGUCGCGACAGUUCGCGAUUCGGAGAGAUCGAGAAGCGGCGACGUCGUCGGGAAGAGGACGCCGCCUCUUCGAAGAACGACCGAUCCCAGCAGACACGUGAACCCGGCCCUGAUCGAUGACAGAUUGGAGGUUCCGCCGUUGCCGAAGCGCGCGGUGACCGUUGACAGAUCCUGCAUCGACACGACGAGCAUCUUCGACCGAAACCCGCCGAGGUGCUACCUCGAGCCAUCGCGAAGACCCUCGCGCCAGGAGACCGACAAGCUGAAGCAGGUGGCCGCGGUGGAGAUCGUGGAGAAGCUGAAGAAUCUGCAGACGGAGACGUCGCGGCGACUCGACGGCGACAGGAAAAACUCCCUGCCGCAGGAGUACUUCGUCCAGCGGCUCAGGUACAUCGAGUUGCUGGAAGAGCAGCUGAAGAACGUUCUCCUGGCGGAGGAGGAGGAGAGAAAGGCUUUCGAGGAAUUUCAGACGCACCUGCGGAAAACUUCCUCGUCCGCCGAGGAAGGAAGAACCGAGAGGAAGAAGAGUGGCUUCAAUUGCGAAAUUCCAAUUGGUAACGGGACGACGGAGGAUCAUCCACGAAAACAGUCGAGUAAUGAAAAGGAGACCACUCGGUCGCGCGAGACCAGGAGGUCGACGACGUUGCCGACGAACGGGGAAGCGUUUCGCCAGCGGAUGUACGACGAGUACGUGGACAAGGUGCUGGAGCGGCAGGAACGGAAGAGCCACAAGGUCUUGAAGAUCAGCUCGCACGAGGACUGGCGCAAGGCUGAUGACGGGGAUAUGAGCGCGAUGGCGAAGGAGUUUAUCGAGAAGGCGCGGAAGAGGUUGAACAAGUAUGGGAUCGAUCUGGACGAGGUGGAUCCUGAAGAGGCGAAGAAGGAGGAGGAGGAUUGCGAGGUCGGGGACGUGAUUAACGCGAGAUUCCUGAUCGACGGCAAGGAGCUGCGGGACGCGUCCGGCAAGCUGCCGAAGCACCUGCGGGAGUUCCUGAAGAUCUCCACCAUGUCCGGGGAUGACGCGGCCGGCGUUUGGUCGCCAGGACAAACGCCAGUUGGGAAGGAACCCAGCCCCAUUCGGACCAAGGAACCAUCGAAGAACGAGCCGAUUCCGCCGGUCUGGACCCCGGCCAGCGCCGGCGCGAGCCCCGUCGCCGAGAGGAAGGAAUUUCGUCCCGUGCCGUUCGAAAGUCCCGUGUUGAGCCGGAAGAGGCAACCAAAAGAAGAGGAGGCGCCUCCGCCUUGGCAGAACGAGGAGGAGAAGAGGACGGCGAGCUCGCGCAGCGUUUACGAGAGCAGCAGCACCUCGCGGAUCGUGAAUUCGCACUCGGCGCCGUCCCAGGGAUUGAACGCGCUCGCGUCCACGCCGCGUUUGCCACGUGCCCAGAAUCCGACCAUCACGUUGCUGCAGAAAGCGAGAGAAGGACAAUUGCCGAAGGGCGCGGCUUACUUGGAGGAGAACGAUUCCGUGGAUAAUCGCCCUUCUAGCGACGAAAGACCAUUAAUUUCGCCGGGAGAAAUAAUCUACACCGUGAAGAAAGAGUACGAGAGCGAGCCGGAAACGGAGAAUGAACCGCCGAAGAAGAUGGCCGAUCUGGGCCCUCGAAAAUUCGAGGGGAUCGGCCCGGUGACUAGGGAGGGUAUCCCUCUCGUGUUGAGAUCGGAAGUCAAGGAGAAUAAUCAAGCGAAAUGGUACAAGAGAAUGUACGACUCGUUACAUCGUGCGGAUAAAAACGAUGACUACGUGACCAUAAAAUACAAAUCGAGAAGAGGAGGCAGAUAUGGAUACGGAAGCGGCAGCGGAUAUUUGAGCGAACCGGAACCGCGCGCAUACUCGGAUCGAUCCGUCACUCUCGAUAGCCGUCGACGGCUGCGCAACAAAGAAAAUGACUUCACCACGGCGACUAUGCCCAGAAAAAAUGGGGCGCUGAAGUACUCGACGGAUAUUUAUAAAAAUCAACCCGGUCGUAUCGAGGAUUAUGAACCAGGGCACUCGUCGAUCGCCGAAAAGGAAGCUAAAGAGCCGACUUUCGACGCGCGGACGAGAAGGAAGUGGUGGGACGAGGUCAUGGACAUAUUUGACGGGUGGCUGAACGAAAACGGACGUCCUCAGCACGCGCAGACCAAGAUGGCGUCUCUACGGAACGAGUCCGUCCGGAAGUCCGGCGUCCUUAGCCUCUCCUAUCGACCGGAGGACAAUCCUUUCGAUCAGCGCAGCCACGCACGGAUCGCGACCAAGCCGUAUAUAACUCAUGCCCUCAAAGAGUCGGGAUACGAGAGCGACUCGACCCUGGUGUUUCGCCGAAGGGAGGAUAUCAGUCCGCUCAGUCUUCUGGAACAAAGACUGGCUUACAAGACGGUGCAAAGCGGUGGCGACGUACCCCUCCAUGGGCUUCGCAAGCCAGCCCCGGAACGUCCGAAGGACGACUCCGAGAUCGAGUAUUUCCCGAUCUCGCCGACCUUGACGAAGAUACGCGUGCAUCGGAGAAGCGCCUCGACCGUCUUCUCCUCGUUCUCGCAGACUCUACGAUCGGUCUCGGUUCCUUCGAGGUCGCCGCCGGUCAUGAGAGCCGUUCCUCUUCGUGGUUCUCCGUCCCAAGCUAUGUCGGCGCCGAGGCCGCCCUCGCCGCCUCGAAGAAAGUCCUCGCGCCACAGCAGAACCCUGAAGCUGUACUCGGAAAGCACGCGACUGAUCGAUAGCUCGUCCUAUUCCACCUCGUCGAAGCCCAGGCACGAGCAGUGCUUCGCGCGCGCCGACAGCGGGACGAGUAUCAGGUCGCUGAGGGAGAAAUUCUGUAGCAACCUCGAGCGACAUCGGCGAAACCGCGAGCAGCUCCACAACGCGAUCAUCGCGCGAACAUCCUCCAGCAGUCCGGUUACCCCGAGGAUCAAGUCCAGUCUGUUCUCCAGCGUCUUCAGCAAUAGGAAGUCGGAUCCCUGCUUGUCGCAGAGCCAGUUUGAAGUAAGCAAGAAGGCGAACUCGAGAAGUUACGUCUGCUCCUCAGCAUCGUCGAGAACCGUAAGGGAAUCUUCGAAGAUUGAUAAACUCCCGGUGGUAAAAGUGUCAUCGAAGUACACUUCCAAGGAGCGAGCGAGCCAAAAUCCGGAAAGGAGCCAAAUUGCCGCGAGAGCGGAUCAUUCUUUGUUGGGCGCGAAGAGAGAGAAGCCUCGUUUGACGAAGAAGGAGCAGGAACAGUCGUGCAAGCGAUUGAGCAAGUCACCGGCGGAACUCUCCUCGCCAGUGGAGGUUAGAAAGGCUUUGCAGAGGCAGAAAGAGAGAGAAACCAGAGACUUGCAGUCUAGACUGCUCUCGUCAAAGAGCUCGACGAUUCCCUACGGUUUAUCGAGCAAACAGAAGCGUUUGGUAGAUAAACCUCUCAAGGGACAGGAUUUGUUGCGAAGGACGCCUGAACCAUCUUCGACGACGAGGAAAACGUCGAGUUCCCAGGUGAAGUCUCCCGCGAAGAGCACGUCAUCGCAAAUCGCUAAGAAGGUUCUGCCAGAACCGAAGAAGGCGAAGAUAAUCGCGAAGCCGCCGGAGAAACUUCUCGUCAGUAAAGAAUCCUUGCGCUCGGUGUCUUCGUCCUGUUCCGAGGUGAACAGCGAGGUGAGCAGGAGGAAGCGACCUCGCGAGAAGCCGCAGACGAUCGUCAGGACUCCGGUGAAAAAGUUGGAAACGAUACGCGUGGGCGCAAACGGCAACAGGAAGAAGGUGGAAGCGAGGAAGAAGACUCAGAGGGACAAGGACAGCGACCAAGUGGAUGCGAGCGUGUCCUUGAACGGCUGGAAAGAGAUGGUCGAAAAGGAGGACAUCAUGUUAUUGAGGAGGGUAGAGAAGAUUGUGCCGAGCGUCGAGCAGGAACCUUUCAAGGAUCGGAUUGCGCCGCUGACCGUCGAGGAAAUUAAGCGGCACCAGGAGGCGACGCGCACCGACACCUUCUUUCAAAACCUCUUUCUGCGAACCAGCAACUCGUCGGCCGUGCAAUCUCAGGCGUCCGCGAGAAGGUCUCUCGUCGGCGAGCGCGCAAGAAUAUUCCAGGACAUCGCGAGAGAUGGCUUUAGGUCGGAGCCGUCUUUGAAAUCCUUGAGCGUCUACCUGGCGCACAAGCGGCCGGUCUCGAACUCGAAGUUCAGGAACUGGGAGCGCGAGAGCGUCGUCUCGUCCAGGAGCUCCAGCCCGUACGGGGUCUGCUGGCCGGGUAGAUCGGUUCUGCAGAAGGUCAGCAAGUUCGACAGUCUGUUGGGGAUAGACGAGUUCAGCUCGUCCACGACGUUGCUCGAUCGCAGCCCGGAUUUGUCCCGCGAACACGUGAAGGAGCGGAGUCUGAGCGAACCGCCGCUGAAGACUCUGCCGGAAUCCAGAGAGUCUUCCUCGCCGUCGCCGGUGAGACGAAUUCGCGUUUCGAAGCAAGACGACUUGGAUGCUCCGUCGAUUACCUUGAAGAAGACGAGAGCCAAGAGCGCCGGCGAGGCUGAAGACGCCAGGCGGAGGAUGCUCGGUUCGAACUUGUCCUUGAAGAGCGCCGGCUCUCUGUCGUCGAUCGAUCGCGAGGACUAUCAGCAAUACAUCCUCGAGUUGCUACACCACAGACGCAAGUCGAAGCGAUACAAGGACUUGCGUGACUUUUACACGAGUCUCAGCAGAAUGGAUCAGCUGGAGCGCACGUUCUCGAUCGGGGAUCUACGUCCGAGGAUGAAGAACGAGGAGAUCAUCGACUACGAUCGUUGGAAGCAAGUUAGGUCGAAGGAGAAGGCGGAACAGGAGCUGAAGGCGCUCUACGGGAAGCUGAAGAGCGUGCAGCGCGACAAGGACUUUCUCUUCAGCGCGAAGGACGUUGAUAAAUUCAGGUGGCACGGUGACUGUGGACUUCGUUGCAAGGAACGCUCCGUGGAAGACAUCCUGCAGUACUUCAAAAGACUCCAGAACGAGGGGGACCAGCUGGAAUCUUCCAGGCGGGCAGCCAUCUCUUCUCAGAAGGACACCUACAAACCUCUCUGGCGUGGCAGCUCGGUUGUGAACGUGGCGACGACGAUGCAGAAGAAGGCAAACGCCAGUCGAGACCCGGACAGGUCCGCUGAUCAUCAUCCGUCCCUGCAGAGAAGCCUCGGUGGUAGCAAAAAAUUUUGGAGCAGUCUGUCCAUCGAACAAGUGGCAACCUUGAAGAAGCAACUGAACGAAAUCUACGGUAGCGACAAUCCUCAGAAAUCCACGUUGCGCUCGAAUGGCGAAGUCGUGGAAACGUCUCGCGAGAUCAGCGAGGAUCAACAAUCCGUUAAGAGCGAAACCUCGACGAGCUACGAGAUCAUUGUUCCGCCUGAGGGUGACUCCAAGGAUCGUCUUCAGCACGAUUCAAAGAGCCUUCACGUACGAUGCCACUCGAUGAUCGCGACGAACGAGUCGUCAAUGCUGAAGGAACAAAGCUGCGACAUGACUCGAGUCGAAGGUACCCUGAAGAGAAGCGACUCCAUCGGUCGCCUGAAGGGACUCGAGAGAUCCGGAUCGGAAAAAUCGGUCUCGCCGCCGAUGUCGGAGCUGGAGAAGAAGAGGCUGUCGUUGACCCUCGGGAAGGAGGUCCUGGACAAAAUAUCUCGAAGGAGGCUGUCCUCGCCUCUAGCACCUCGAGAGACUCGCGGCAGCAUAGCUGCUGCCCUGGCGAUCGAGAAGAUGCCAAAAAAGUCAACCGCGAAGAGCACAUCCGACACUCCCAGCAUAGCCAGCACCUCUCCCAGGACAUGUUACUCCCUCGAAGCGUCAUACGACCGAGGCGAGGAUUCGACCAAAUCCAAGGACAAGAGUGACUUUUUACUGGUAUUGACGCCCAAUAACGAGACUCCUAGCGACAAACAGCGCGUGGAAACCGUACUUGAAGAAUGGUCGAAGAAGCCACCCCUGUUAGCCAUAGCGGUACCAUCGGAAAAAGGAAAAUCGGGCAAACUGGUCUCAAGCAGCGACGUGGACAGCCUGACGGAGAGCUCGGAAGCUUCAGUGAAGACGGUGAUUCAACGGGGCAACGUGAUCGAGACGGAGGACGUGUCGCGGAAGAUCGAGUUCUUCGAGAACGUAGACAAAAGAGGAGGAGGCGAAGAGAAGACAAGAACGUUUCGCGACAGGCAGAAGCUGUCGUCGUCGCAGAGCUUCGCCGACCUGAAGGAGCUCUUCGGCGAGACCGAGUCUGCCAGAUACGGCCUGGUCAGGAUCGAUCGGUCGCGAUCGACGUCACCGUCGAGCGGGAGAAGCAUCAGCGAGCGGCGACCGGAAGUGACAAGUGUGCGACAACAACAACAGCAGCAACGACCACCGUUCCGCUCCUGUUCACGGGAGCGUGAACACGACGCCAGACGACCGCAGAGCGUCAGUCCGUGUCGCGCGACCACGCGAUCGAACUCGUCCUGCAGCGUGGACAGUUCCGGAAGCGGCUGGCCGCCGCGCAGUUCGUCGCCGGAUCCCGAGAGGUACUGGCGGGCCUAUCUGAAGCUGGUGCGAAGCGGCGCGGUGCGCAGGCUGCGGGCGCGCUUCGAGAGCGCCGAGGACCUGUCAAGGUCCUGCGUCAAGGUCGCGCCCGCGCCCAAGCGCUUCCGGAGCGACCCGGAACUGGCUAGGUGUCUGCUGAAGAGAACCAGCGAGGGCGAGGCGACGCGAAAAUCCCAAAUAGCGGAGCACGAGAUUGAUGACGUCGCCUGGUUGCGCAGGAGAUUCGAGACGAGCAGAAGAAGAGGUAGACGAAGAGGCGAGUCGCCGCCGAUCCCGCGGAUGCCGUUGCGCCGCGACAACCUCUCGAUGCCUCACAUCGACGUCAUCAGUAAGACCGCCGAGCUGAAGGAACCCCAGGCUACCAGCACUGUCACCAACCACGUGGCCAGGCGGGCGGAGACCCAGGAACUCGCAGCGAGAAGACCGGUCUGUCGGAUGAGGAGGAGGUUCGAGUCGCCGGAGGUCGUUGGAAGGACCUCCCUGAUGGGAGAGAUGUUCACGUCGGCGCCGGAUGUCCGCGAGCUUCGCGACAUCGCGCCCUACCUGGCGGGAAAGUGGGUGGCUCAUCGGUUUCCCAGUCGUCGGGACAACAUGCGGUCUCUAUCGUCCCCGGCUGAUCUGGAGAUUCAUCGAGGCGCAUCCAGGACGCGUCCCACGUCUCCCGCCGACCGGAAGAGGUCGGAACGACCGCGAGCCACCUCCUCGUCGCCGACGCGACCCAGAACGCCCGCGUCGAUUCUCAAACCCUCGCAGGCUACUGCCUUCGCCGGGCAACCCUUCGACCCUGACAAGCACAGACCGAGGUUCAGGUACCAACCACCGCCUCCGCCGCCAUCUCCCACCGCCCUGCGGAAGCGGAGAACCUGGUGGCCGACCCUGCCCGUCUACACGGCGCGACCGACCGUCACCUUUGAAGAAUACUCGAAUGCACCUCCGCCGCCGCCAAAAUCCCAGCACUGCAGGGACGAUCGUCAAGAAUCGCCGAGGCGUUAUGUGGAGGGUGAGGUGACGAUUCACUAUCGCUCGCCGGUGCGUGCAGAGGCGAAGGAGCCGCUGAGCGAGGAGGAGCUCGCGCGCCGAAGCGCGGAGAAUAUGCGGCGCGUCUACCAGGAGGAGCGUCGUCGCAAGUAUCUCCAGGAGUUGCACGACAUCGACUCUCGCAGGCACACGGACAACUUCAUACCCUCGCAGAAGUCGCCCAUACCUCUGAAUCGCUACGACGACUUCGUGGACGAUUUGAGCCAGCGAAGUCGAUCCCAAGAUCAAACACCGGAACCGCGUUUGGUCGCUCGGGCGCUCUACAACUUCGUCGGCCAGUCGUCCCGGGAAUUGACUUUCCGACGCGGCGACAUCAUAUUUGUCCGACGACAGGUUGACAAGAACUGGUACGAAGGGGAGUACAAUGCCAUGAUCGGGCUGUUUCCUUCCAACUACGUCGAGAUUCUACCUUACGAUGGUACAAUGCGAACGACACCGAAGAAGGCCCACGAAGGACAGGCGCGGGCCAAAUUCAACUUCAUCGCCCAGACCAAUCUCGAAUUGUCCUUGGCGAAAGGCGAAUUGGUGGUCUUGACGAGAAGGGUCGACGAAAAUUGGUACGAAGGUCGCAUAGGAAACAGAAAGGGAAUAUUCCCGAUUUCCUACGUCGAGGUCAUCCUGGAACCCGGACAUCGAUCAGAGACACCGAUUCAGAACAAACCGGUCGCGUCUCCGGCUGCGCACAGUCUCUUAGCGAACGGCUCGUCCGGAGAAUUGAGUAUGGGACCCCAUCAUUACGUGCCGUCCAUCCCGGUCAAUAUCAACACAACCCAGCCCCAUUACAAUUCACUGCCACGUAUGGGAGGGAGCAAGUUGCAUAUAACGCAACUCAGCGAAACGUUGCACAUCGACACGCAUUCGGAACCGAUCCCGUAUCGAGCGUUGUACAACUACAAGCCGCAGAACGACGACGAGCUCGAGCUGAAGGAGGGUGACACGGUGUACGUUAUGGAGAAGUGCGACGACGGAUGGUACGUGGGUUCCAGUCAGAGAACCGGCUACUUCGGCACUUUCCCAGGGAACUACGUGGAGAGAUUGUGAGGAAGGCCGACGAUCCGGGACUUGGACGCCGCGCGGCGUAUCAAGGUCCAGGAUAAUAAUAUUCACCAAAGCAUUAGACGAAAUCGUUAAGAUAAACACGGCGUUUAACCCGAUCACUUUCGACAAUACAAAGCGUCCUCGAUUGCGAACGACAGAGAUUAUUGCGAACUUUUUAAUUUUCCCUUUUAAAACAUGACUACGUUCCACCAAGAAUAAAUGUCAGUCAUGCGAUUAUAUUUUAUCUCUAUUUGUGUAUUUGCAAUUUUAUUCCAUUUUAUCAAGAAAUUUUAGUAAUUGUUGAUUAAUAUAUUACAUUUUAUCAAAUAGUAUGUUUAAUUCCAUUUCGAGAAUAUUUAUGACGAUAAUUGUGUGAUAAUUCACGCGAAACACAGAUUUAUAUAUAUUCAUCAGUACAACGAAUGAAAAGUCUAAUUAAAUCCACGCGAUCGUGGAAAAGAAAUUCUUUCCGAGUUCAUACGAUUAAAACUUCUUAUAAUGUAACGUAGACGACAUUUUAUCGUUCUGAACGAUGAACAAUUUGAAAGACGAGAGGGUUAAGCGUUCACAGUGAAAAAAAAGUAAAGAACGUCAGUCACAUGAGUCUUCCUUUUUGGAUCUAACGAUGAAGUUAUUAAAUUAACGCAGAAUUAAGAUAUAAAUAUUACAAGUGUCAGUGUGUGUUUGCGGCGAGGUGUAAAGAAGCUCUCAUACGAUCAGAAUUAUAAUCGUCAAUAUUCGAAAUAUCAAUUCUCGCAUCUAAUGCUAUUUACUUAUUAACAGUUCUAUAUGAUUUUCACACUAAAUCAAAUAAUUUUAUUGACAAUUAAAAUACCAGAUCAACCACUGAUCGUGUCAGAGCUCUCUCCGGCGUCGGAUUUACCAAAAGAUUUAGCAAGAUAGUCCGCUAGGAUAUUCGCGAGUUUGUAAGUAGUGUACGAUAACGAUUUUAGUAAGUUAUAUUGUUGUUGCUGUUCCUGGCAAGCGCGCUUUCCGCUAGCUUUUUCGAUCCAGGAAGAUAUAGAUCGUCGAAGAGAUCGUAGUAUCAUCGAAAAAAAAGCGUAAAGAAAAAUACGACAUCGAAGAGUUUCGAGAUAAUAUAAUUUUAGGAUGGCUGUUUUUCCCGAGAGAGAUCGGCAAAAAUCCAGCAUCCGCUCGUGCGGAGACUUGUGUUGAAUUAAAAGAGAAAACGCGACGGUUUCCCUGAUGAUUUCGCGUAUAUACUGUAGAUAUAUGAAAUCGGUCACUGUUAUUGUUGCAUUCGUGAAUAUUUCGAGAACUAACGGACUUAUAAUUAUUGAAAGUUUGUCUACCCAAAUUAAUAUUUUUGUAAACAUUAUUUGUAUACCCACAGAGUUAUAUAUAAAUAUACAACAUAUAUAUAUACAUAUA